GGCGUAUCACGUGCAGCGUCACGUGUCAUGCGUUGCCUGGCAACCGUUUGACAUUACAUUGGACGCGGAUUACUGCAACUGCAAAUGUCAUGCAUGCGUGUUGCAACGAGCUAGGCAUGACUUAGACACGGGAGAGAACAAUUAAGAACAGUUGUCACGAUGACGGACGAUGUGCGACUCGAGGUGAUAAAAAAGACGCAGGAUUUACUCGGAAAAUAUUUCAAGAAGCCGCCAUUGACCGAGAAACUACUCCGCAAACCGCCGUUUCGCUUUCUCCACGAUAUUAUAACAGCUAUCAUUAAAGAGACCGGCUUCCUAGAAGGAUUAUUCAGUGAGGAGGAACUAAAUUCUGAUAAUAUAAAAGACAAGGAAGCAAAGCUCUCUUUUUUGACAAAACUCAUCGAUGUCAUCAAAUUAAUCUCGGGUGCUAAUUUAAUGGUUAGGGCAAGUAAGAUCGUUUCUGGUCAAGAGCCAACGAAGACAAAUGAACUACUGCAGGCCAUUGGAAAAGCCCUUGACAAGAAAGUCAGCAGUAGGGAGGCGAUUGAACACUACAAAAAGAGUUUAGAAAAGAAAACAAAAACUGGAUCAAAAUCGAGAUCCACUAAAGAUGAAACUUCAAAGAAGCCUACAUCAAGACAGACAUCGCAGACGAGAAAAUCAUCGGAAAAAGAUAAGAUCUCGGGUGGGGAGCGAAAGAAAAGGUCGUCUAGCACGGAAAAAACAGCGUCGAGCGAAACAAAGCGCGAAAAGGGUAACAGAAUCGAAGAGAGCAAAACAAGAAAAAAAAAUAAGGAGGAAAACGUGAAAAAUAUUGAGCCCAUAAAUAUUCCGCCGGCUGAGCCAGUUCAGAAUAAAGUUCCUACUUCGGCACAAAGAAGGAGGCCUUCCUCAUCCACCAAAGUGAAGGAGGAUGCUACGAUUUCAACAGAUCCGAAUGAUCUGACGAAGGAAGAACAGGUGCAACACAGAAGUGCCUCUAUUAGAGCACGACGUUCGGCACACGUGAAUGGAUCACAGGAGAAAAUAGGAACUAUGCCUUUACAGACAUCCAAUGACGAGGAGUCAAGUAGACCACUAACAAGCAAUUAUACUAAAGAAAUAAAGGAGAAUAGAAUGGAGGAGGACAAAGCGCAGCAACAAAUCGCUGAACGAAGCGAUCAAUCAGUGUCAGAAUUUGCAGGAUCUCAAGUCGAAGCUACUGAAAUGACUAUUCUUCAACAAUCGAACGCGAGACCCAAAACAUCCCUGAGACCACCUAGUGCUAGACCCAUCAGUGCCAGACCUGCUGCUCCCAGAAUGAGAGCAAAGACAGAGAUGAUAGUCAACGAGGAGAUAAAAACGCCACUGGGAAACAUCAACGUUAUUGUAGAAAAUUCCGACUUAAAAAAUGACGACGAUGACGAUGCGGAAGAUAUGGUGGUGAUGGAAGCGAAGGGAAGUGGCGGUGAUCUUUUAGAGAACGGAGAUUAUAAGAUAGACAAUCAAUUGAUGCAGGAACAUGGGCAUCUCGUGGCACAAAUCUUAGAAACACAGCGAGAGUUGGUCAACACGGACAAUGUCGAUGUAUUGCCAAAGAAAGUCGACAUUGCAUGGGAACCAGGCUCGAAACGCGAUCGGGAAAUAGCAACUAAGGAAAUCGAUAAAUUACGAGGAACUAUACAGACGUUAACGCGCACGACAAAUCCUCUGGGGAAACUGUUGGAUUAUGUACAAGAAGAUGUAGAAAUAAUGCAAAAAGAACUACUAGACUGGAGAAGUCAGUAUCGCCAAUUGAGCGAACAAUUGGAAAGAGAACAAAAAGAAACGCAAGAAAUGAUAGAACCCAUGAAGGAGACAUUGAAAGAAAUUGAUAGUAACAUGAAGAUUCAGUUAGAUAAGAUAUGUCAAGUAAAGGCGCAAAUCAUGAAAAAUGAUCAAAAAAUACGACGAUUACUUAAUGGUAAUUUAUAACAUAAUUAUAUCGCUAUAUAUUGAAUUGUAAAUAUUUUUAUAAGUCAUCGAAAUACAUAAUGAAUUGUCUCACCAUAAAUUAUUUACCUUAGAAGAAAAUUCUCUGUAUAAUCAG